AUGUCCAUCCGUUUCUUUGCACAAUUGCACCCCUUCUCAGAGAAUCAUCUGAUUGACCGGAUGAAGGCGAAGAACAGUAGAGCGCCUCCACUAAUCCGUACGGCGGCACUGUCCGUGGAUCUAAAUACUUUUUGCAUUGGGAAUUCGGAUUUUACUAUUGGCGGUGGGUCAGGUCGGAGAAUCAAUUGAGGAGUGUUAAGCUGGAGAUACAUAAGAGGAAUUCUGGCCGGGAUAAGGCUAUUGUUUUUUCACAAAAGGACGAAGUCCCAGUCCAAGGUGAUAGGCGGCGGAAGCUGGCGUUUCCGGUGAGGAGAGUCUGGUUUGCCGUCUCUGCUCGCGUCAAAGAUCUCAUGACAAGAAGAUACACAAAUGUGUGGUUUUCAAGGUGUGUUCGUUCAUUCAUUCUUUUAUGUGGGUUUGGGUGAUUAGAUGCUUUUUGGUUAAUUACUUCUUUCAUUUUUAGGUUAAUUGAUUGCAUAUAUUUGCUAUUCCAUAUCUCUACUGAUGACUUACAGAGGGAAGAUAAGUUGGGAUCUGCUUGAGUUAGGAUUUGUGUGUAUUUGUAUCUAUAUAAGUGGGCAUUUUUAGUAUUCUUAGUGCUUUGAAUUUUUUUUAAAGUGGCAUAUCUUAACUAUGAAAACGUUAAAGCUAAACACUAUCCUUUGACAGCUUUUUUGAAACUCUAAACCUAAACACUAAUUCUGAUUUCAAAUAGAUCCAUAAUAAAUCAUCUUUGAGUGUUCAACUAAGUUGUUUGGUGUGCAUCUGUUAUUACAUAUAAAUAAAAUAACUAAAAUUCCCAAUGUUGAAGCUUUUAGUUGCCUAUUCUUAAUAGAUACAUAUGCAUAUUUUUAAUGAAUGAAUAACACCCUGUAUAAGACAGAUUCAGAAAUUAGAUAUUGGAAAAGCACUUCACCUUCCCUUCGAUCAUUCACUUAUUAAAGAACUUCACAUCAUAUUCAUAUCACCCUUUAUUUUGGAUGCAUAAUUUGACAAGAGAGUGUCUCCAGCAAUUUACAAGAUUUGGGGUUACUAAAUUAUACUAUUUCUAGCCUUAAAAACUUACUAUUUGUAUUUGUCGAUGAAUAAAAAAUGUUACUUAUCAUUUUUAUAUGAAAAUGUAGUGCUAUGAAAUCGAAGCUCACUCUUUGGGACAAGACUGUACAUAAUUAAUUACUAUCUCAACUAAAAAUAUGCUUUAAAGGGUGGUAUUGUCGCUGGUGAACCCAUACUCUUUGGUAUCACUUGACUACAACACUCAAGGUAAGACUUUGUAUUACACACUAUUAGGUAGCACUAUUCUUUAUACAAAACAUUGGCUUUGUCUGUUUAUUAACAUUUAGUUUAAAACACCAUUUUUCACAAGAAAUGUUACUCCUUGCACGUUUGGUUACAAUACUUUAAAACAACAUAACACAUACACACUCCUCGAUUAUAAUUCCAACUCCCCCUAUCCCGUUAGUAUGUAUCUUUAACACGUGAAAACAAUAACAAAACAUAUCAAUAGUGUUCCACUCAAGCACGUGUGAAUAGCAAAUAAAGGUAAGGCAGCCUUUUUAUAAAGCGGUGAGCAAAAUAAGCAAAAAAAAUGGCAAGUGCAAGUAACAGAAUAGAGCUGAACAAAUCAGAGCAUAACAAAUCAUGAUCACCAUCUUCAUGAAAAAAAGGAUAAAAGAGAUCAAUAUACAUGUACAUCUCAAUAUGAUAGCUAGAUAACCUGUGAAUUUACCUUUGAUUAGUUUGAUAUCGAAUUGGGUAUUGUAUAAUGUUUUUAAAGAUGGAGAUUUUGAAUGUGAUUAUGUCCUCCCUUAUUUCAAAUAGGUGGGGGUGUUACACACUAAAUCUUCUCUCAACUAUGCACUAUUCAACAAACCACGUAAUAUCCCUCAUGGAAGUAGCACCAAGAUAGCAUAUAAUCAGGCUUCACAGAAUUCAAAAGAUAACAAUUAAUAGAUUUUUGGUAAUUAAGUUGAGAAUAUAUGUUUUGCCAGAAUCUAUUAAAUUUCAGUUUUACUCUAUAUUUCAUUUUGUGUCAAACUCAUUAAUAACAAUAACAAUGCUUAUACGCAGAGCUUCACAACAAAAGUUUUGCCGGAAUCUAUUUUAUGGGUGGUGCUUUCUCUUGCACCGGUGCGGUAUGGAGCCAUGAUUUAUUUUAAAUAUCCAAAUGAUACAAUAUCAAUUCUGUGAAAUUGCUCUAUUAUAUUUGUUGAAUUUUAGCCAUAUAUCGGUAUAUAGUCAUGUUGUUGCUAGCUGCAUGAGUUUAUUCAAGAAAAAAGAAUGACUUUUCACAUGGAUAAUGUUGAAUUGAAGUACAUAAAUUGUUCAAACACUAAAUGAGUCACUUCAUUUGCAUUAUUACUUAGGUGAAUUGUUGUUAAUUCUUCAUAGGUGAAGAAAUGUAUAGUACAGAGGGGAUUGUUGAUUCUUUCUGUAGGGACAUGAGGGACAUCCAUUACAUUAACCAUAAUGACAUGAAUAUGCCACACUAAUUAUGUAUGACCUGCAAGUUACAAUCAAAGCAGGUUAAACACUUCAGUGCAAGUUAUUUGGUUUGUCAUCUCAUUUCUAUUCAUUAUAAAGUUUUAGAGAUUUAUAAAAAUCAUAUUCAUAAAAUCGAGAUUUUAAAUCUAUAUCAAGUAUAGAACUGUUUGAAUACCAUAGUGGUGUAAUGAGGUAGUUGUAGCUUUAUUACUUUUGGUGUUUAGUGUUUCAUGCCAUAUUAGAUUGAGGUUAAUUGCGUUACGAUUUUUGUGUGUUCCACAAUUACAUAUUAGGAGUGUCCAUUUUGUGCAGACGUCUAGCUUCUUCGAGUUUUCAUGUGCAGAAAAAGAUACUCUAGGUGAAAGCUAUUUCAUGCCAUGUAGUCUUAUUUUUUGUUUGGCGAAAAAAUAUAAGGUCCGGGACAGUGAAGAGAAGUACUACAACAUGUUUUGGAUAAUAAAAAGCUCAGGUAAGUCAAUACCUACCUUCUCCAUUAUUGGUCAAGGAAGUUCCUUGCCGCGCUAUGUGAACAAAACAAAGCCCAAAAACAGAAGACCAAAAAACAAGGAGAGUAAAAACAAAGUUGUACUACAAAGUAUAUAAACAAAGCCCAAAAACAGAAGACCAAAAAACAAGGAGAGUAAAAAAAAAGUUGUACUACAAAGUAUAUAUAGGGCAGAUUUUAUUUGUUCUUUGCUACUCCGUUUUUUAUUCGAUAGAGAUGUUUUUGAGAUGGGUUUGUUGAUGGAUCUAACCUUAUGGAGUUUUAACAUUGUGGAGGGUCACAAUUUGGUAGCUAGAGAACACUCAUGUAUUGUUUUGGAUAUUAUAGUUUAUAGCUAUACUUAAUACUUCAUGUAUUGAAGACUAAUCUGUUUGCAAGUGUUUUAGGCAAUGGGAAUAACAAGUGCCUAUUGUCAUGGAAGGAACCUUUCAAAAUGAUGAUGGCUACCUGAGGCAGAACGACUUUCCUAUUGCCAUGGAAGGAAGUGAUGUUGUCCUUGGAAUUAUCUUAUGCUGCCUAAAAAUAGAAUUUCAUUCAAAUGUAGAGUAGCUUUGGUUGUGUUUUGAUUGGGGGUCUUGAAAGUGUAUCCAAGAAAAGGAUGCUUAAAACUACUUAUUUUGUUACGGCUGGAAUUUUGUUUCACGUCCAGGAUAAGCAACAACCUUGGUAUUCUAGAGACAAUAUAUGGUUGGGCACUCA